ACUUGACAGUCGGAAUCGAAAGUGAGGCAGUUUACCUUACCUCUGACUAAACAAACGUGCGUUUUUAAGUCCGAUUUCUGAUGAUAUUGGAACCAUUCCUAUUUUACGGAGUUGGUAUUAGAAAAUUAUUUGAAUUCUAAAAUGGAAUUAGAUGAAGAUCCCGAAGAUUGGAAGAAGUUUUACGAUAAAACUAGAGAAUACGUGGUGUUUCUCCUACUUUUCAUCACCUUGUAUUUUACAUCUUACUGCUUGAUUGUAAUUUUUAAGAAGAAAAAUAAUGGUCUUUAUGCGGGAACAUAUGAAGAUGCAGUUGCAUAUAGAAUAUCACUGUGGGUCUGUACCUUCUCCUUAGGUGUUUCUAUUGGAGCUGCUUUACUCCUUCCCAUGUCUAUAAUUAGUAAUGAAGUUCUCUUGGCGUAUCCAAAUAGUUAUUAUGUUCAGUGGCUGAAUACCUCAUUGAUUCAAGGCAUGUGGAAUCUUGUGUUUCUCUUCUCAAACUUGGCCCUCUUUCUUUUUCUUCCGUUUUCUCACUUUUUUAUUGAAUCGGAAGGUUUUCCUGGAUCAUCAAAAGGUGUCAUGGCAAGAGUUUAUGAAGCCACCCUUGUCCUAGUUUUGGUUGGAGUUUUAAUAAUGGGAAUAAUAUAUAUUUUGUCGGAAUUAUUAGACGAUGGCCAUUAUAGCAUUACUUCUAUUUUUAAUGUUUCAAACUAUUAUUUACCAUUCCUAUAUUCAUGUGUUUCUUUCCUUGGUGUUCUGAUGUUGCUCAUUUGCACUCCAGUUGGAUUUGCCCAUCUGUUUACAGUCACAGGAAAACUUCUGACAAAGCUAAAGACACCACCAAGACAUCACAUGGGAGAGGGUGAUCUCCCGUAUUUGGAGAAUGAGAUGACAGAAUAUGAUAUCAUGCAGACGCCACGAAGGCAUCAAAUGGGAGAGGUAGGUGAUCAUCCAAAUUUGAAGAAUGAGAUGUCAAAAGGUGAUAUGCAGUUAGGCUCUUCGACAUCACAAAGGCAUCAUAUGGGAGAGGGUGAUCAUCCAAAUUUGCAGAAUGAGAUGUCAAAUUGUGAUACAUUUCAGUUAGGCUCUUCGACAUCACAAAGGCGUCAUAUGGGAGAGGGUGAUCAUCCAAGUUUGGAAAAUGAGAUGGCAAAAGGCGAUACAUUUCAAUUAGGCACUUCGACAUCACAAAGUCGUCAUAUUGGAGAGGGUGAUCAUCCAAAUUUGGAGAAUGAGAUGUCAAAAGGUGAUACAUUUCAGUUAGGCUCUUCGGCAUCACGAAGGCGUCAGAUGGGAGAGGGUGAUCAUCCAAAUUUGGAGAAUGAGAUGUCAAAAGGUGAUACAUUGCAGUUAGGUUCUUCGACACCAAGGCAUCACAUGGGACAGGGUGAUUGCCCAAGUAUGGGGAAUGAGCUAUCAGAAGAUAGUGUUAUACAGUUAGGCCCUUCGUUUGCAGAUUCCCCUGCCUGUUCUUUGAUGCAUAGACGGAAAAGAUACCGAACUAUACCGUUUGAAGAAUAUGCAGAUAAUAUGGCUACAUAUUUGAAUGAGGAAGGCCUAGAUCGUAUGGUAGAAUAUUUACAAGUCAAAGAGAGUAAAGUGAGACAGACUGCUUUUAAAAGAAAUUGUCUUUAUCCAAUGAUGAUGAUAUUUCUUGUACUUCUAACAGUUAUGUCUGUAUUAAUGGUUACACAGAAUACACUAGAAUUAUGUUUUGGAAUCAAAGCUUUACCUAUAUACUCUCAGAAUAUUUCUUUGGGAAUUAAUUCUUUGUCUACACUGGGACCUAUUGGAGCAGCUCUAGAAAUAGUUCUUAUUUUAUACCUUUGGUGUACGUCUAUUAUUGGCUUAUAUUCACUACCUCUGUUUUGUUAUCUGAAACCAAAAGUCCAAAACACAUCUAUGACUCAAGUUAUUGGGAACUGUGCUAUAUUGCUUAUUUUAAGUUCUGCACUGCCUGUUUUAGCUCGCAGUUUAGGCAUUACGAAUUUCGAUCUUCUUGGCGAUUUCGGACGAAUAAAUUGGUUGGGAAACUUUUAUAUUGUGUUAUUUCAUAAUAUUGUGUUCGCAGUAACCACUGCAGUAUGCUUAGGAACCAAAAUUACUGCUACUGUUCGUAAUGAACUGUACCUUAGAAUAUGCAAUUUUCAUCGCUAUUCCAUGUUUUAUGUUUUCUUAUAAGUCAUACGGCAAUUGAUAUUCCUUAAAUCUGUCGGUUUAUAUGUUUAUAAACUAAACAUUUCUCUUAUGAUUACCAAUGCAAUUCAUUGUACCUAUUUUAAGGAAAACUGUGAUAAAAUUCAUCUGAAAGAACUUAUUUAACAAAUGUCAUUUGACUGUUUUGUCGGAUCUGUAAACUUGUCUCAUUAUGUUGGAAAGUGUCAGUAAUUGUUAUUUUUCGUAAUAUCUUAAAAGUGAGCAUGCUAAAUUGGUUUAAAUGAGUUUUGAAGUUUUCAAAUGUGUAAACAUCUGUUUUAUUUAUUUGCCAUUCAUUCGUGCUUGUAAUAUGUAUCAUGCUUUUCCUAUUGUGUGUCUUAAAAGUUGUUUUUAAUAAGGAUCUACACUCAUUUUUAAAAACCAAUGUGUGUGUUUAUUAUUUUUAUUUAUACAAUACCACUUUAAUGUUCCUAUUAAAAAAAAGUCAGUUUCUAAUUAGAAGAAUGAAGGGUUUUUUUUCUGUUUUAAUAUUCUAGUCAAUUCGUAUAAUAUCAUUCCAAGUUAAUUUUUAAAUUCUGAACGUUUUUCAGACUUAUUUAUUUUCUUCCUCAUUUUAAACUUAAAAAUUCCAAUUUAGUUUUAGAGAAAAAUUACAUGUUUUAAAUCAUAAUGGCCCUUAUUUUCUUUAGUGUAUUAUUUGGAAUUUUCAAGGUGUACUUGGAUAAGUUAUGACUUUUGCUUUAACGUUUUUGACCUUUUAUUUUUAAAUAAUGCCCUUUAAAUAUCUGUCAAGUUAA